UCUACUGAAAAUACCCGUUCGUCCUCCUCCUCCUCCUCCUCUGCCGUCGCCGCCGCCGCCGUCGUCUUCCUCCUCCGCUUCCUUUCCCAUGGGCUAUUACAGGCGACUAGCUUCUUCGCGUGCCCUAAAAUCACUGAAAUGCCCCUCUCUCCUGUCCAGGGUCUCCCCGUCUCCUGCCAGAUUCGACUUGCUCCACCGCCGAUCAGGCGGUGCCGCCGCCGCCGCCGCCGCCGCCGCCUUCUCCCCUGGUCUCGGCUUCGGCUACGGCUACGGCUACGGCUACGGCUUCUGUUCCCACUCUCGCUCGAACCUCAGGGAGAACGCCAUCGACUUGAGCCAGUACCCUCCGGAGAGGAUCAGGAACUUCUCCAUAAUCGCGCACGUCGACCAUGGCAAGUCCACGCUCGCCGACCGCCUCCUGGAGCUCACGGGGACCAUCAAGAAGGGCCACGGCCAGCCUCAGUACCUCGACAAGCUGCAGGUAGAGAGGGAAAGGGGAAUAACGGUGAAAGCUCAGACCGCGACAAUGUUCUAUGAUUACAACAUCGAUGGCCUUAAAGCGGAUGAGGGACUUGAAGCUCAACCCUUCCUGCUUAAUCUUAUCGACACGCCCGGUCAUGUCGAUUUUAGCUACGAGGUGUCGAGAUCGCUUGCGGCUUGCCAGGGUGCCCUUCUGGUCGUGGAUGCUGCCCAAGGUGUUCAGGCGCAAACUGUCGCUAAUUUUUAUCUUGCGUUCGAGUCUGGCCUCGCCAUAAUACCUGUAAUAAACAAAAUAGACCAGCCGACUGCUGACCCUGAACGCGUCAAAGCCCAAUUGAUGUCAAUGUUCGAUCUUGACCCGAGUGAUGCUCUUCUGACUUCUGCCAAGACUGGACAAGGUCUUGAGCAGGUGCUUCCGGCUGUCAUAGAGCGCAUUCCUCCUCCUCCUGGGAAGAAUAAUUCACCUUUGCGAAUGCUUCUAUUAGAUUCCUACUAUGAUGAAUAUAAAGGAGUGAUCUGCCAUGUGGCUGUAGUUGAUGGUGCUGUGCGGAAGGGGGAUAAAAUUUCCUCGGCUGGAACUGGUCAGUCUUAUGAAAUACUGGAUAUCGGCGUUAUGCAUCCUGAACUCACCCCUACUGCAGUCCUUUUAACUGGACAAGUGGGUUAUAUUGUUAGUGGAAUGCGGUCAACCAAAGAAGCACGGAUAGGAGACACUCUGUAUCAUAGCCGAAACACUGUGGAGCCCCUUCCAGGUUUCAAGCCCGCAAAGCACAUGGUUUUCUCUGGUCUUUAUCCAGCUGAUGGUUCCGAUUUUGAGGCACUUAACCAUGCAAUAGAAAGGCUUACAUGCAACGAUGCCAGCGUCUUAAUUAGCAAAGAGAGUAGUACAGCCCUUGGCCUUGGUUUCAGGUGUGGUUUCCUAGGUUUGCUUCACAUGGAUGUUUUUCAUCAGCGGCUUGAACAGGAGCAUGGAGUUCAUGUCAUUUCAACUGUUCCAACUGUGCCAUAUAUUUUCGAAUAUUCUGAUGGAAGCAAAUUAGAAGUUCAGAAUCCUGCCUUGUUGCCGUCGAAUCCCAAAAGUCGAGUGACAGCCUGCUGGGAACCUACAGUUAUAGCUACCAUUAUUAUUCCUAGUGACUAUGUUGGAUCUGUUAUCACACUUUGCUCUGAGAGGAGAGGUCAGCAGCUUGAAUACUCAUUCAUUGACAGCCAACGGGUCUUUAUGAAGUACCGCUUACCUUUGAGAGAGAUUGUUGUCGACUUUUAUAAUGAACUCAAGAGUUUAACAUCUGGAUAUGCUUCAUUUGACUAUGAGGAUGCAGACUAUCAGCAAUCCGAUUUAGUGAAGCUCGAUAUUCUCUUGAAUGGACAAACUGUUGAUGCCAUGGCAACAAUAGUUCAUACCUUGAAGGCACAGCGUGUUGGCCGUGAAUUAGUCGAGAAGCUGAAGAAAUUUAUAGAUAGACAAAUGUUCGAGAUAAUCAUACAAGCUGCGAUUGGAUCGAAGGUCGUUGCAAGGGAGACGAUAUCUGCCAUGAGAAAGAACGUUCUUGCCAAGUGUUAUGGUGGGGAUGUUACGCGGAAGAGAAAGCUUUUGGAGAAGCAAAAGGAAGGAAAGAAGAGAAUGAAACGUGUUGGUUCUGUUGAUAUACCUCAAGAGGCCUUCCAUGAAAUUUUGAAGGUGACAUAGAGGACCAUUAAAGUUAUCUAAAGGUUUUGGGUUCAACUUCUUCUCAACAAAUUUACCAAGUUUGAUGUGGUGAACUGCUUUCAGUCUUUGGUCGCAGCUGUGUGAACACUCCUUGUUUGCGGGAUUGUGGCGUGGAGAAAACAAAAUGAAUGCAAUUUCAACAGCUUCUCUGAGAUGGAAACUGAAGAGGCAAGUCUGAUGUUUGUUUGCUGACAAACAUUAUUCUUGAUAUCUCAGAAGGUUUAAACAUAUCCUGGAAGGCAGCCACUUUUCUAUCCUGUGAUCCUACUCCAAGUUCGUUUUUUUGACACUUAUCUAGCGAGUUUGGCCGGGCAGAAAACUGCAGAGUUGGGUCUUAAAACACCACCUCUGAGGUGGACAGGCAAUUUUGCUGUUUAGUCUUUUCUCUCAUUCUUGUAUCAAUUGUAAUUGUGAUUGGGAAGCAUUUUGGGUUCUUUCUAUCUCCGUGGGUGGGCGAUGGUGAAGUCAAUUUGUUAUUUAUCGUGUCCCUGUUGUACACUUAACAUUUACAUAAAUCUUUGUUAUGUAGCAGGAAUAGACUACAGUAUCUGUCAUGUAUUGUAUUGUUGGGAAUCCAGUAAUGCCCAUCAACAGAAGAAACGAUCGUGUAAUCAAAUGACGAUGCCUCAAUUGUACAAAACUUGUGGGCAGAAUUUUUGAAUAUGAUGCAUGUUUUUGAGAAUAAA